UCAGUCUGUCAUUCAUUUAAAAGUUUCACAUACGUUUUUUUACCUAUUAUACUAAGUAUUAAUUAUUAUAUUAAAUAUGGACGCAUUUCAAAUAAUAACGCUAGCGUUUCUAAUUAUAAACUUGUCUUUUCUCAUAUCGUCAAUCGCACACACUUUGCUUUCAAAAGAUAAGGAGGAACCGAACCCUAGGGUGUCGAUAGCGCCAUCUGUGCUGUCCACACAGAGCUGCCGCAGCCAGCACAGUCUGCAGCCGCAGCUGCUGCCAGCCACCUUACGGAUGUCGUCAAACCGUCUAGUCCAAGGGCGUCCUACACUACUUUUUCCAAAACGCAGUCUUCACUCGAGAACCCGUCUUCCCUAACGGUUGCCGGUUCUUCAGAAUAUGUAACCAGCCAC